CAAAACUCGCUAACUCGAGAAGAUGACUGUAAUACAGAAACAAAGCGAGCACGCUUGUCGAAAGCCCCGAUGUACUCGCAGCAAAGAGAAGUAUUUACCAGAGGAGAUCACGUGGUCGACAGGCAAAAACAAUGGGCAUCCGUUGGUGCUUGGUUUUUGGGCCCCAAAGCAGAAAAUGGAGACGUAUUUCGGGACCUGUUGACAAAGGCCAUCGAUUCUCAUAUUGGAUUCCGUCACAGGUACAUUACAAUUACAAGUAGUAUUUGAUGGGAAGCACAAAGGUGUGCGGUGAUGAUUUUUCCUAGUGGAUCGAACUUGUGCAGAAGUUACAUACACAAGUUACUCAAUUUUCUUUUUUGUGGAGACUGUUUUUUGUUUCUGGCCCUAAAAAAUGGAAGCCAUACAAUACUCAUACAAAGUUAGUUUGUUAGCCUGCCUUGCUGGUGUUGGUAGGGUGAAGGGAUAAAUUUUGAGGAAUAGCUAUUUUUUGGUAGUCUUUGUGCCUCUUUUGUAAGCUGAAAUAAACUCUUGCACAGUUUUUUUUCAACUUCUGUCAUGGGCCAUGCAGUACGGCUACCGUAAACUUCUGCGCUGGUCUUAAAAAUCUUUGUAAGUGGUUUUGGCGGUCUUUUAGUGGCUUUAAACCGGAAUGGAAAAAAUCCCUUCGAAACAAGCUAUGAGAGUGCUAAUCAAAAUCCAGACAUGUUAAUUCAGAUAUGUUUUGCUUUUACUGGUUUAAAAUUAAGCUUCAAAACAUCAUAAUAAAAUCAAAUCAUUUCAAUGCAUUAAAGUGGGGGUAUAUAUUGUUUUGUUUACAGGUAGAUGAGCCUAUACAGAUAAAUAAUGACAAUAAUAAUUAUGAUUAUGAUGAUGGUUAUUAUUAUUGAUUAUUAUCAUUCAUUCGAACUAUUUCUGCGUUCGUGAUUGUCUCAAAUUCCCAGGCUAAUGAUUUUUUAUAACUAGCCUCCAUUGAUCAAAUUUGAAAGGCAUUUGAGAGAUCCGAUAAAAUGACCUCAAUACUACAAGGCAUUAACGUUUUUUCACACUUUUUGGGAAGAAGAAAUCAGCUGAAGUACUGCCUAAAAACAUUGCAAGAACAGCAAAAAUGUCACUUUCGAAUGACAUCUGCUUUUUCGAGAAUAUCUGCUUGUUUAAACAUCCAGUCCAUUAGUUUAUUACCUGAAUUCGGUGAGAAACUGGAAAAUGAAGAUGGAAACUUAACAUCAAUCGACGUAAGAAAUUUUUAGCAUGUUUUUAAACUAAGAAGUGUUUUGAAUGAAUAACAAAACAAUUAUUGUAUCUGGCUUGUGCAUGAUCUGAAGAAUUAUGCAGAUCAAGAAGUUUUUUGUCAAGGCCACGGCCUUUUCGACCUUGUGGAUAAAACCUCUUUGUUGUGCAUAAUUCAAUCCUCAGAUCUUGCGGAAGGCGAAUCUAAUAAUUUCUACAUAUUUUUUAAAAUAACUAUUUCAAUCCUAUUCAUCCUCAUCCAAUAAUUGUCCAUUAUAUUUAACAGUUACUUUCCUUGUGAUCCCCCUUAUGUCACCGAUGAGCUGCGGGAAGCAGGAUCCUUCAGCUAUGCCAUGAAGAACCUACAAUCUGAAAUGGAAAAAUUGCAACUGGAAUUAAAAAAAACUCUGUUCCAUUCUUUAAAUCAGGAUACAAGGUACAUGUAA